AUGGAUAUCAAUCAUUCAAUCGGCACAAAAAUGCCGAGUCAAGAACAUUUGAAUUUUAUCAAUAAAUUAAAUGAUGCGAAAAUUCCUCGACAAAGUCAAUUGAUUUCCAAUCGUUUGUUUAUGAAAAAUUUUCCUCGCGAAACAACCAGUGCAGAAAUUGAGCGAUGCUUUCAAACAUUCGGUCCUGUACAUGAUGUGAAAAUAAUUGCCAAAGAAAAUACACACUUUGCAUUCAUUUCGUUUGUCAAUGAUCAUACUGCGUUAGAUGUUCUGCGGCAGCAUGCAAUCGUUCCGAUUACAUUUCAGAAUUGUCCGAUUAUUUUAGCACCUGCUUACAAAAAGAACAAUGUUCUUGCAUCGACAAGCCCUUCGUCUUAUUAUCCUACAAAUGGUUCGACUAUGACACCACCUCCUACACCUUCUCGAGCAGGAGGAGUCAGUGGAACAGGUCAACAGUCAUCAACGCCAUUCAAUCAACAGCAGCAGCAACCAAUGUCAGUUCCCCAACAAAUAUAUCCUCCAUUGUUUUUUCCCGUACAAGCUAAUAUGCCAUUUGUACCCAUGACUGGUACUUAUUUAGUACCACAAGGCGCACCACCUCCGCAACUACCACCUUCUUUCUACCCGACAUUCUAUACUCACGGUGCUGUGCAUCAAACAGGUGGACAGUUAAUCAACGGACAUGCCUAUAUACCACCACCCUACGUGUAUUCCAUGGGUCCACUGCCUGUUCCGGAACAAUAUCAGCCAACCACAUCAAAAAAUUUGUUCCUCCGCCGAAUGUUUCUGAACAUGAGAAUUAAAUACAUAGAUUGUCGGUGUUGGUGUCUGAGCAUCAAGUUUAUAUCUGAAACUAGUCGAUGUUGGAUCGUUUAUUUCAAGCAAGCAUUGGUUCAUUGUUGUCAUCGAUUGCCUACAAAUACGAAAGUUCAGUCAGCACUUACACAAAAAUAUCAACGACGUCAUCGACAGCAACAAGCUCAUUCAUUACAACCUAUUCAAAUAAAUAACAAACAAAAUCAGUCUACUAUGUCGAAUACUUUCAUUCGUGAACUUGAUCUUAAAAUGCAACAAGUCAGAGAAUACAAUCUAAUCACACAUGGUUAUUGUAAUGAAAAUUUUCAAUAUCCUGUUCAUGUUCGUCGUAGUCAUGAUGGAGAAAAAUUACCACGAACAGUAUCCAAACAUUCUCGAUCGGAGAGUCGAACAGCUCAUACUCAUCUAUCCAAUCCGACUAUUUUGACCUCCUCGUCCUAUGAAAACCGAACGAAAACUAAACAGAAAGAUGCAGCCGCCAGACAAUUAUCCAAUGACGAACGUCAAACAACAUUAGUCACUCCACCAAAUAAAACUGUUAAUGAUAUUAAUCCCUCAUUAAAUUGUGAUCGAUACCAUUCGCAUAGAAAAUCGUCAUCGUCAUCUACAACGUCCUCUCCAAUACUUACAACUGUGAGACCACACUCAAUCGCUGGCCUUUCCCUCCCAAGCACAACUACAACAGAUGAUCAGCAGAGGAACUCUCUAUCACAUUCAUCUCAAUCUUUGUUAAAUCAAUCCCAAUCAAGCAGAACCUUAACACAGAGAUUUCUUUCUAAACUCUUCCAUUAUCCAUCCAAAUCUUGA